UGAGUGGGUGAGUGUAUUAGUGUGUGUAUAUAUGUCAGUGUCUGUUUAUACAUGAGAGCUAAAACAUUCCACCACAACCACCACCAAAUACCAACAACCACCACCACCACCACCAACACAAACACCACCAGCCGCACAACAGCCGCCGCCAUAACUCACAAGUCCAGAAUCGGAACAACUACAUGGACCAUGGCAAGGUUCCAGUGCCAGGAUCUGCUCUUCCUGCUCCGUCGCCCGUUCCACAAUCGCAGGUCCCCCAUCAAGCAGCAAUAAAGAAAAUUUCCUUUACUAUAACUACAACUGCAAUAAGCAAAUCAAAUUCUGAACAACAAGUGUUCAGAUUGAGCCAGAGGCGGAUACUUCCAAUUCCAUUACAUUUGAAAGGACAUUGAAUGCGAAUGGAAUAGAUGAGAGCUAACGCCUUACAGGCGACUAGAAACGUUAAAACAAAAUGAAACAUUGUAAGUGGUAAAGCAAAUAUUUCCAUACAGAAGGAUAUGAUGGAAUUUGGCUAAAUAAAGAAAAAAGUCUAAAAAUAAAUCAAAAUAAAAAACAGGCCAACAUUUAAUACCAGAGAAGAGCAACGAAAAUAACAAAUAAAGAACCCAGUUUUUUACAUAAAAAUAAAUAACAAGUGUCAAGAACAAGAGAAUAUUUAAAUUUUAAGAAGCGUUUCCCAGAAACCAAAAUUUAAACAGCAACAACAAAAAGUUGGGCGAAAACAAAAGAGUAUAAAAACCGAAAAUCAAAAAGAAAAAAAGGAGUGCCAUAUUAGAGAAGGAGAAGGACCACGACGACGACGGCGUGGCCAUGGAGCCACCCGGCGGAUUGCCGCCCGAACGGGAUCGUCAAUUGGUCCUUGCCAACAAUUCGACGGCCUUAGUGCCUGUCCCAAUUGCAAAUCAACUUGCAAUUGUGCCAGCAUCACAGCAGCAGCAACACCAAUCGGUCCGCCUACCACAGUGCAUUAAGCCGACAACCCUAAGUCUCCAGCCUCAGGCAGCAACGUCGGGUACGGUAGCAGCCGCCUCCUCCGUACAUCAGCAGCAAUUAUCCCCUUCGGCAGCAGCUGCAGCAGCAGCGGCUGCAGGUAACAAUAAUCCGGCCACUAGCAGUGGCAGCGGUAAUGCCAAUUCCGGCACUAGUCCAGCCUUGGCCUCCACUGCCACCGCCAUUUCGGCGACCACACAGGCGGCCACAGCAUUUAGCGGCAGUUCGGUUGGCCAUCAUCAUCUGCAACAUCAUCAUCCGCACCAUCCGGCACAGCAGCAGCAGUCGACGGCAUCGACAACUGCUCCGACCCAUCAUCACCCGCAGCAACAUCCUCCUCAUCAUCAUCACCAUGGUUCCGUUUCGGGCACAGGUGCCGCACUCCUGGGCUCAACUGGCUCUGGUGGUGGCAGCCAACAGCAGCAACAACAAACCAUCGAGAAGCUUUCAAGGCCCAUGGCCUUUGAUAAGAUGGAGUUGCUGGUGCGCGAGAUGCAGGAUCAGGAACACGGGGUGCCUGUACGACAGCAAAAGAUGUUUCUUACCUCCAUUCCCUAUGCGUUUAUGGGCUACGAUCUUAUAGAAUGGCUAAUGGAUCGACUACAAAUCGAAGAGUCCGAAGCAUUGAAUAUUGCCAAUCAAUUGUGCCUUCAUGGCUAUUUCUUUCCCGUUAACGAUUCCAAGACGUUAGCUGUCAAAGAUGAUUCGUCGCUAUAUCGCUUCCAGACCCCAUACUAUUGGCCAUGGCAGCACAAGGCGCCCGAUAAUGUCGAGUAUGCCAUCUAUUUGGCCAAGCGUUCUCUACGCAAUAAGCAGCGACACGCUCUGGAGGACUACGAGGCGGAGGCUUUGGCCUCGUUGCAUAAAAAUCUAAAAGGCAAAUGGGAUUUCAUUUCAAUGCAGGCGGAGGAGCAAGUGAGAUUAGCCAAGGAGCGUAAGAAGGGUGAUAAGAUCGUUGGGGACUCACAGGAGCGGGCCUAUUGGCGAGUCCAUCGUCCGCCGCCGGGUCAAUUCACACCGUUGGAGCCGUGUCCGGUGCCAUCGCGUGACCGCCAGGGCGGCCUGAAGACCAACAAGAAGAAGACUGUCGACGAUGUGCAACGAGAGGUGGACUAUCUGAGCAAAUCGCUCAAUCGCACACGCAUGAAAAUGUCACAGGCCUGCGAGUCGCUGGUCUGCUAUUCGGAAACAUUCAGUGAAUAUGAUUUCUUUCUGCAACCGGCUCUACCCUCCAAUCCCUGGGUCACAGAGGAUACUGCCUUUUGGCAAUUGAACAACACCUUUGUGGAGAUACCCACGGAGAAACGCGUGAAACGCUGGGCCAUUUCGAUUGAGGAAUUGGUAUCGGAUCCCACGGGCCUCCAAGAAUUCACCGGCUUCCUUGAAAAGGAAUAUUCCCAUGAGAAUAUUCGUUUUUGGAUUGCCGUGAAUCGUCUGCGGCGUUCGGCUCACUCUCAGGUGGCACGCAAGGUCAAUGAGAUCUAUGAAGAAUUCCUUAAGCCGGGUGCCCCCUGUGAAAUAAACAUCGAUGGCAAAACCAUGGAGAGUGUCCUGCGGGGCCUGAAACAGCCAUCGCGCUUCACCUUCGAUUCGGCGUCCGAGCAUAUUUACAUGUUGUUGUUGAAGAAGGACUGCUAUCCACGAUUCAUACGCUCCGAGCACUAUAAACGUCUCCUGGACACUGGCAUUCAACCGUCGCAUAAGAAGCGUUUCUUCAAUUUCGGUGGCGUUUCUGGUGCCAAAAAGAAAAUGACCGCCGCCUUGUCCAGUCAACCGAAUUUGGGUGCAUCUGGCGAUGGGUCGGGCAAAGGGUCGAGCUCUGGUGCUGGAGGCAGUGGCAGCGGCUCAAUGAUGCAGGCACCGCCGCCAGGCAAUUUGGCGCGUCGACGUGGCUCAGAUCGUAGCUUAACCGGAUCGGCGCAUGAAUUGGCCGUAAUUGGAGUCAAUAAGGAUGCCGCUGGCACGAAAGUGCCGCAUUCGCAUUCACAAAGUAAUCUAAGCGAGAUGCCCUACAGUAGCGAUUCCAUAUACCGAGGCGAUAUGCCGCAACGCCAUGCCAUGGCGUCUGUCAUUGAUGCCGGGAUCUAUGCCGCCUAUGGAAAUCGCGAAAGUAGUUUGCAAACACAUCCAGAAACAGUCAAAUCGAAACCAGCUCGACUAGAGACAACAGCGGAGGCCAGAACCUUAACAGCAUCAAAGACGGCAACGGCACCAAGUAGCAGUGCGGUCUGCCCUUGGGACGAACCGGCUGUAGCUGCACCGGUGGCCCCCACCGCACCCACAGCCUCCCAGGUCAAACUAUCGGUGUGUCCCUGGGAGCAGGACAAUGUUGAGGCCGAAACGGCAGCAUCUCAAUCAUCAGCUAAGGCGCCAGCUUUGCCAGUGAGUGCUCAGCCCCAGCGUUUGGCCAGCACUUCGUCGGAUAUCAGCGAUGUGGCGGAGCGUAUGCAACGUAAUCUGGGGAUACGGCAUCAGAACACUGUCGACAGUGGCGAGGCGGCUGGAAUGAAGCGUCUAAUGCCAAACUUUACUGAACAGCGUCGGGCUUCCGUAUCUUUUACACCGAGUCGUUCAUCAGACUAUCAGUUCGGAAGGACGUCGGUGUCAACCGCCAUGACUUCACCCACUGUUGGCACACAGAGCCAGAGCCAAAGCGUGGGAGGAGAGAGUGGAGGUGGUGGGCCGGCAGCAAGAAGCUCUUUCAUCAUUGGCAGCGGCGGCGGCAGCGCCAGUGGCAGCAGCAGUAGUGUCAUUACCAAAGAUCCGCCAUCUGGGGCAUCCGAUGCUGAUGCUGAAUUUGAAUUGGAAGAGCUUAAUAAACUAACGCUAUCGGAACGAAAUAGCGAAUCGUCAGCGUCGGAGCUGCCAGCUGUGGCGGUGACUCCAACGCCGACACCAACGCCACCCCCCAUCACAAAGAUAACACCACCACCAGAGGAACAGCAGCAGGUGCAGCCGCAGCCGCAACAAAGUGUCCAGAGAUCAGGUACUAGCACACCUGUUGAUCACCAGCAAAAGCAUGACACCACUAGCGUGGCUCCUUCGGUGUCGGAUGUAGCAGUGGAAACAGAACCGACUCUAGCCAUAGUCCAGGAGGUGCAGAUCGAGCUUAUUGAGACGCGAGCAUUUGUCAAUAGUGGCGAGGGCGAUGCAGACAAGCAGAUGGUGGAGCAACUGGAACUGGUUAUAACGACGCCCACCAUUAAAGUGCAAGAGCCAGCCGGAGCUUCCGACGGUGAGGCGGUGAUAGAGUCGAAGGAGAUGCAAACAGAAACGGAGCAGACGGACAUUGAACUUGCCCAAAUGAGAGAUUCAGAAAUGAUAAUACCAGAGGAACUAUCUCCAACUACUGAUGAGUACCAGGAGGGAUUACAAUUCGGUGCCGAUGGCAAGGAUGUAGUCUAUGACUAUGAUAUUGUGGAUACUGAUAGGCACUUGGGUUACAUACCGCCAGCACCGACUCCGGCACCAUCGAUGGCACCGCUGGCUGAACUGGACGUGGAUACAGUCGAUGAUGAGCCAUGCGAAUCAGCCACCUCAGUUGUCAUUGUUGCCUCAUCUAGCCACGAGGAGGUGCGUAAGAAGCGUAAAAAACGUAAUUCAGAUGGUAGAAAGAUUGGCUCGUUGGAUGACAAGGAUAAGGACAAGGACAAAGACAAAGAGAAAGAGAAAGAGAAGGAAUCGAAGGCAUCAACUAGCACUGGCGGUGGCACGGAUCCUGAACACAAUGCGGUCUGCCCCUGGGAAGACGAAAACGUGACCACCACAGAUGGCACCUUUGUGAAGACGUAUGCUACCCUGGGCUAUUUAUGAAUAAAACCGAGUCUCUUUAAGACCAUGGUCGGCAAGCUGCUUAAGAGGAAGUCAUCGCCAAUCAAUACAACUACCAGCAACAACUACAGCAACAACAACAACAGAUACAACCAAAGCAAAAACUAAGCAGUAACCAGCAUACAACAACAACAACACAUACACAAAAAAAAACAUACAUAAAAAUAUAUC